AUGGAACCCGAGAAGCGCAAAAUCGUCAUCAUCGGGGCUGGAAUCCUCGGCCUCACGACAGCAAUAAGCAUCCAGGAUAGCAUCCGUGCCCGCGCGGAGGCACCCUACGAAGUCGCAAUCGUGGCUCGAGAAUGGCCCGAGGCUGUCACGGGAAACCACUCAUCCACGUCGCCCGACUACGCAUCCAUGUGGGCUGGAGCCCAUGUCCGUCCCAUACCGGGGAGUACCCCCCAACUCCAGAGGGAAGCAAAGUGGUUGAAACAGACCGUGGCCAAGCUGGAGCAGCAGGCGUCGGCGGAGCCAUGGGCUGGCAUCACUCCCACCAAAGGCCGGGAGCUUUUUGAGAGCCCAGAUGAGGCGUACUGGCACCAGACGCCGUCUUCCUUCACCGAAGAAUCGGGACUACGAGGCUACCGUCAACUCGGUGACUCGGAGCUGCCAAAAGGUGUCAAGAUGGGAAUCGAAUACGAUACAUACUGCAUCAAUUCGCCUCUCUACUGUGCCAGCCUCCUACGCAGGUUCAUAUUCCAAGGAGGUACGACUCUGAAGAGAGAUCUUCGAAGCGAGUAUGAGGCCUUUGAACUGUUCAAGGAUGUCUGUCUUGUUGUCAACGCCAGCGGAAUGGGUUUCGGAGACACCAAAUGCUUUCCCACAAGAGGCCAGAUCGCUCUUACAGACUUGGAUGGCGUUGUCGAGACCGUCACGAGGCAGAACAAUGAUGGAUCCUGGAAUUUUAUCAUCCCUAGAUUUUAUGGCGGUGGGACGGUGAUUGGCGGCACAAAGGAUGUCAACGACUGGGAUGAUGCUCCACGCCCUGCUACGAGGGACUUCCUCGUCCAUGGUGUUUCCAAGCUUGGAGGCGACGUGGGCAAGUCGACAGGAUUCAACAUCAUCCGUGACAUUGUUGCCCGAAGGCCGACACGGGAGGGCGGAGUUCGACUAGACCUUGAGCACGUCGCCCCGAACCAGCAUUCCAGCAUCACAGGACUUCGACGGCUGAUACAUGCCUACGGAGCCGGUGGAAGGGGGUUUGAGUUGAGUUGGGGGAUUGCCGCUGAUGUGGCAGCUCUAUCCCUGGAGAGUCUCUCGACUGGUGCAAAAGCCAGGUUGUAG